GCGCCGCACCCCUCCUCCUCCUCCGCCAGCACCCCCUCCUCGCCUUUCGUUUCUUCGCUUGUUUUCUUCGAUUCCAUCCGUUUUCGUGGGGGUUUUUUAUAUAUAUAUAUUUUUUUUUUCUCUCUCCCUCCGCCAUCCUCGCCGCCCAGAUCUCUCUCUCUGUGCCUCCUCCCUCCUUUGAAUAAGUCGGCUAAAGGAGAGAUCUGGAGUGGGGAGGGAGGGGGGGAUAGUGGAGCCGAGCAAACCUGUGGCGGAGGAGCCGGCGGGUGGAGAGUGGCUUUUGGAGAGUGUUGGAAGUCGUCAGGAUCCGGAUGGGCUCCGUCGGGAAUGCUAGCGGGACGGGAGCGGCGCUGGGAGCGGCUCGCUGAGCUCUGGCCGGGCUGGGCUUGCCUGGAACUCCGCGGGAGGAGAGGUGUGUGAUCCUGUGUGGCUUUGCCGGACUCCAAGAGGAUCUGCUCGGUGCCUGGGAAAUCGAAUUCCCCCAUUGUUCAGCUGUAAAAUAGCUGCACCAGGCCGUGAUUGGCAAAGGACUGGAUGCCCAGGUUGCUUACAUCACGUAGGCAGCUGCCACCGAAAUGACACACUUGAUUGAAGGCCAAAAGAACCAUAUACGUAACUGCCUGUGAUUAAGCUCCAUAUGAUGCCUCAGAGCAAGUAAAAACCCCUCCUUCAUCUCAGCUUGCUUGUAACGAGACAGCCGUUGCAGGGAUAUCAUUUGGGUCAUGUUGUGGCUUUUGGGGGAUUUUUGGGGGUUGUUUUGGGCUGGGUUUUUUUUUGCUUCUGGCUGUAAACUUCCAUGACCUGCACCAAUCUGCUGUUGCACCCUUGCGUGAUGCCCCAUGAGAGCCUGGUGCUGUAGGUGUGCUGGUAGCUGGGAAUACAGAUUUUAUCAGGGAGAAGAUGCCAUUCCACCAUGUGACAGCUGGCUUGUUGUACAAGGGCAACUACCUGAACCGCUCGCUCUCCGCCGGCAGCGACAGCGAACAGCUCGCCAACAUCUCCGUGGAGGAGCUGGAUGAGAUCCGGGAGGCUUUCCGAGUGCUGGACAGGGAUGGGAAUGGCUUCAUCUCCAAGCAGGAGCUGGGCAUGGCGAUGCGCUCGCUGGGGUACAUGCCCAGUGAGGUGGAGCUGGCCAUCAUCAUGCAGCGCCUGGACAUGGAUGGGGAUGGCCAGGUGGAUUUCGAUGAGUUUAUGACCAUCCUGGGCCCCAAGCUGGUGUCGUCGGAGGGCAGGGAUGGCUUUCUGGGGAACACAAUAGACAGCAUAUUCUGGCAGUUUGACAUGCAGAGGAUAACGCUGGAGGAGCUGAAGCACAUCCUGUACCACGCCUUCCGCGACCACCUCACGAUGAAGGACAUCGAGAACAUCAUCAUCAACGAGGAGGAGAGUCUCAAUGAGAACUCUGGCAACUGCCAAACAGAGUUUGAAGUGCACGCCCAGAAGCAGAACAGACAGACCUGCGUGCGGAAGAGCCUUAUCUGCGCCUUCGCCAUGGCCUUCAUCAUCAGCGUCAUGCUGAUCGCGGCCAACCAGAUCCUGAGGAGCGGGAUGGAGUAGCCCCUGGCCAUGCCACUGUGACCCAAGCUGCCCAUGCAUGUGCAUGCCCACCUGGGGGACCUCCCCCCGGCCCGACUCCACACGGCAAAGAGACACAGGCAGGCAAAACACCACUCGAGCAGGAGCCCAGGCCAGCGGCGUAAACGUGUCUUGUGAAUCAACCACAUCCUUUUUGGCAGGGACAUCAAAGGGCUGUCUUAAUGCUUUAAAGGUUUUGUUUCCUAAUGCAAUAAAAAACCACCCCCCCACCACCCCCAUGUAGAGGAGUCCCAAAUUAUUGCUUCAAAACAGCGAUGGUGACUCGGAAGGGACUUGGAUCCAGCAGCCUGUGUGGCAGUUUUGAGGAGGCACAGCCUCAGGACUUACUGCAGUGGGGCUGUCUUUGAACCAGGGGCCCACUGACUAUCCCACUGGGCCCACAUUCCCAGGAAGUUGAUCGUAGCAUUGCCACAAGCAAGUCCCAUUUGUUUGAUUUCACCUCCUCCAGCUCCACUUUCUUUUCCCUUAUGACCAUGCCAUGGAGUUCACGGCAUCAGAGGGGAGCCAGAGCAUCUUGUACAGUAUUUUCUGAGGAAAAAAAAAAAAGGAGAAUUCGCCAGCAUCACACAAAAUGUCUAUUUUUUGCUUCCUAAACACAAGACUGGAGGUAGUAGGAGUCUGUUUGCCAUUUAUUCCCGACUGUGAAUCAGGGCUUGAGAAGCACCACCCGUUUUUCACACAUGGGCAUUGGUGAGACUUGUGCACAGUCUUCCAACCGACUCUGCAACCACCAGCACAGCUCCAACUCCCUCUAUCUGGUCCUGUCUGCAUAUUCAACAACCUUUCCUCCCCAGCAGUUCUGCCUUUCUUCGAUAUUAGCCUUCAAGGACCUUAUUCAAGAUGAAAAUCCCGAGGGAAGCUCUUUCUGGGCUUUCCUUCCCUCUCCUCGCCUGGGCAAUUUUUAUUUCCUUCAUUUCACACGCCCUGGUUGGAAUCUGCAGUGAAAGCUCCGUGUCAGACAUCCUGUGGGAGAGGUUCCAUUUCCCCUCACGCUGCAGAGUGUGGGUUUGACCAUCCAGCUGCUCUGGUGCCUCCCAGGAGCCGUCCCAGCACCACCACCUCCGUCCCUUGGGCAGGUUCCAAAGAGGACAAGAGGAAAAGGAGAAGAAUGAUCCAAAGCAGAGCCCACCACCAUGUGUUCCGAGGUGUGUCAGACUUUCAGAUCCUGUGAGUGUUUGUCAGCUCCCCUGGAGGAGAUUUUAAUGAGCAGCAAGGAGAAGAUGGAGCGAUGCAGACUGGAGACACGAGCACUGGGCGAGCCUGGAGCCAGGAUUGCAGCAGUGAGGAUUUUUCCUUUUCAGCUCCACACAAACCCUUGCAUUUGCCUUUGGAUGAACUGGGUGUCACAGCGGGACACACCCGAUUCCUCGCCCCGGUGGAAGAGGUUUCCCAGCUGGUGCUCGUGGAGCACUCCCAGGGAGGUCCAUGGAGUUGGAGCUGAGUUGUUGUUCCGGCUGGGAAAGCUCCAGAGCUCCAAGGAACAGUGAGAUCUUGCUCCUGUAAAUGUAGGUGACUGUUUCCUGUGCCACAGGAGGGGCAGGAUGGCUCCCCAGGGGAUUGCAAACCACCAGCUUCCCCCAUCCCACACAGCAGCCAUUGACUUAAACCUGGAUCCAUCCCAAAGACUCAUUGCAGGUUGUUCUUUGGUGACAAGUUUGAUUGAUAACAUUUAACCUGUAUUUUCAGUAGCCUAAUUUAAAAAUCUGUUUCUUGUUGGUCUGUGUCCCAUCAGCCCUUUUGAACUCAAGUCAACCACCUCAUCCCUGUCAUUUCCCUGGUGUCCCCCUCCAUCCCAAGGACAACAACCCCCUUUUCCAGAGCAGCUGAGGUUUUUAUUCUGCCUUUCCCAAAAGCCCAACUUCUGCAUUUCUGUUCUGCUGCGAGUAAUUGAGGUGAACUGCAAAAUAUUCCCUAAAAAACUGGUUCUGUCUCCCAGAAGAUGGUGAGGUUUGUGUUUGCUGGAGGGCAGCAGCAGACUUCAAACCAGCAGCAGAAUAUCUUAGGGCAGCUCUGGCGUGGGAUCUGCAGCGUUGGGGGGCCAAGGGACACUGGCUGAGCUGGACAGUGCAGAUAAUGAGCUUUGAGAUCACCUGAAGGCAAUUGUCAUCACAUUUCGAGGUCUCAGGGGUCUGUGGAGAGGUGGCAACAGUGAAAAAAAACCCUCUAAAUAUUACUUGUCAGUGAGUAAUCCUUAUUUUUUUCUCCUGGGGCUGUGCUGGAGGGAACAUGGAGAGGUGGGGGUGGCUGGAGAGGUGGGCACUGACCCCUCAGCAAUGGCAGAAACAUGAGGCCUCUUUGCUGAGCCCACAAACACAACCUAAACCACAGACCAGGCAUCUCCACCCCCUUCUCCCAGUGAACACCCAGCAGACUCCCAGCACUGCAUCUCCCUUAGGAUGAGGUGACUGUCUGCAUUCCUCCAAGCUUUCUGGAAGGCUCCAUGAUUUCCUCCUGCAUGCUCCAUAGAAACCAUUGUAAAUACAGCCAUUCUUCACCCUGAAGCUCCAUUUGUAAAACCAAACCUAGAACUAAUACCUUGGUAAAAGCCAUAGCCUGGUGUCAGUAGAGUUCAUUGCACAACUCCCCACUGAUUUCACUGGGUACAGGACUUUGGGGGGGGGGGGGGGGAGGGGUUUGGUGGCAAUUUUUCUGUAGGGAAACUAAUUUAUCUGUUAGGAAUCAGUGUCAUGUCUUGCCAGAGGUCUUCUUUUCCUUCCUAGAUCAGCCUUUCAUCUACGGGCAUCUUGAAGAGAUCCCUUCUUGAGUCAGUGAGGCUCCACUGGCAAUUCAGGAUGGAUCAGGCGAAGCUCUUUCAUCCUUUCCUCUCCCCAAAACCUUCCCAUCCUUCCUAACCAGCAGCACUGGACCUCUGUCUCCUCCCAACCUCCCUGGCUCCAUUUAUGUAACAUCCAUUUAUCUUUUUUUUUUCUUCUUCUUCUACAUGAGAGGGGGGGGGGAAAAAGGGCUUUUUGCUGCUUUUACAGACAGUAGGUAAAAAUAGAGCAGUAAAAUUUUGAUUGGAACCUGAUGGCAAAAGCUUAGGGGGAAGAAAGUGGAAGAAUCAAAGACAUAAAAAUAAAAAACCCCACAUCCCAUACUUGAAGAAAAAAAAAAAACCUAUUUAAGUGCUAAUUAACAUACUUUAAAAAAUACCCAGACUGCAGCGAGGCAGAGCUGUCAGAAAAAGCACUAAACUUCUGCUCUCGCCUGUUACAGGAGAAUUUAAGUGUCUUUUCAGCACUGCAAUUCUGGAGGAAAAGGAGAUUGCCAUGGCAACCGCGGCUGUUCGUGACAUGUGAGCACCGUGUCGGAGCCACGGAGCUGUCCCGGCCCUGCUCCGCCAGGCAGGGAGGGACAAACAGCUCCCGAAACCUGGACACGCGGUUUGCUCCUGGAUUAGGGAAUCAUCAGGAAAUCGUGCCCAGCUCUGCGGCUCCUCCCGAGGGGCAGCUCCGAUCCCUGCUCGGUGUGAGCAGCGACAGGAGCUGAGGGAGGGGCUGGAGCUGUGCCAGGGCAGCUUGGGGCACAAAAACGAAAGGAGGAUCUGAAGCCAUCAGAGAGUGUCCAAAGGAGGGAACGAGCGUGGGGAAGGGCCUGGAUUUGAAGCUGUGAGAGGACACUGAGGGCACUUGGUGUGUUCAGCUGGAGCAGAGGAGACUGAGGGGAGACCUCAGUGCAGUUCCACCUUCCUGGGCAGGGGCAGAGGAGGGGCAGGGACUGAGCUCUGCUCUGGGGGGACCAGGGACAGCAGCCAGGGAAUGGCUGGAGCUGUGUCAGGGCAGGCUCAGGUUGGAUCUCAGCCAAAGGUUCUUCCCCCAGAGGCUGGUUGGGCACUGCCCAGGCUCCCCAGGGCAGUGGGCACAGCCCCAAGGCUGCCAGAGCUCAGGGAGGGUUUGGCUGAUCCUCUGGGGCACAGGGGGUGACUCUUGGGGCUGGGCCUGUGCAGGGCUGAGGGUUGGACUUCAGGAUCCUUGGGGGUCCCUUCCAACUCAGGAUAUCCCAUGACUAUGAUUCUCUAAACUCUCUUGGCUUGGCUCAGCUUGGGAAGGCUUGGAGAGGGAUGUGGUUGUUUUAACUUGAGAGAGGCCUUUGGUUUGCUCAGGAGUGAGGGAAAUCAAUGCAGCCUGAGCUCUGCUCCACACAGGCUUGGAGAGGACACUUUGGGUGGGUUGAUCUCUGAUGGAAGGGUUUGGGUUGUUCCUGCUGGGACAUCACUGGGCUGUGCCACUGAUAACCACUAACUUUGGCUUUGAGGGCAUACCCUCAUUCCCUGCUCCUGGAGAAGCCAGAGGGGGAACAGCAGGCACAUGACAUGAAAUCAAAUGACAGCGGGCACAUGACUGAAAUAAUUUGGAGACCAGGGAGAAGAGAAUUCCAGCAAAAAGAACUUUUCUCCCCUGUCAGGUCCACAACCACACCUUAGGGGCAGCCAUGAAGAAAAUCAGGAUGAGAUUCCAGGCAGGAUAUUGGGGUUGUCCUGUGCAGGGCCAGGAGUUGGAUUUGAUGGUCCUUGUGGGUCCCUUCCAACUCAGAAUAUUCUGUUUCUGUGUUUCCAUGAUGGUGGUGGUGGCCCUGGGGACCAGGCUCCUGCUGUGCCACCCAAGGACCUCGCUGGAGCCUGAUCCUCUCCACGAGUCCAACCACUGAGAAGUCACUUCUAAUCAGGAGCAACAUCAGCAGGGGUGUAAAGAAUCAAACAGGGUGGGCAACUGGGAAGACUUGGCUUUGUUAGGGAAACCUGGUCCUGCUGGGGGAGGUGGUGGAGGAUGAAGGAGAGUUGACAAAGUCAUGUCUGAUGGGGACACACAGACCUGCCAGUUCCUGGCAGGAGACACCCUGACCUGGGGAAGGUGGGCACAGACCUUCGAGGUUCACAGACCUUCAAGGCUGACAUACCCCCAGGACAGGGGUCACCUGGAGCAGAGGAGCUGAACAUCUGGGUGUCACCUGGUGAUUUGGAGAGAUUUUUUAAUCCAGAGGUUUUUGGGAGCUCCCGUGUUGGACCUGGUGCCCUGGGAGGGCUGGAUGUUGGUUGCUCUCCAUGGGAGACUUCCAGAAACUUUGUAAAAAGGAUUUGUACAUGGAUAGCCAGCUUUUUUACCCAGCUGGGGCCAAGUAAACAGGGUUUUAAGUCCAAAACCAGGGCAGCAAGCAAGGAAAUCAAGCAAAGGUGGAAAGCUUUGAAUGGCUGAGGUGUGUUUGGAUCAGCAAAGCAUCCCCUGGCAAAUCCUUCUUUUUCCAUGGAAAGCACAGGAAUACUUUAUCACGAAAAACACUUGGCCUGUUGUAAAGAGCAAACCAUCUCCUGGGAAUGCUUUUCCCAUGGAAAACUCCCCCCCCUCUCCUGGUGUGCACGUGCCCAGAGCAGGCAGAGCUGUCACCACACACCCAGAGAGGAGCUCAGGCCCCAGGCAGGCUCAGCUCUGCCAGGAGAAGGAGCAGUAGGAGGAAUACAUUAAACUCCCUAAGAAUGAAGUUCCUUAUUUUAUCCACCCAUGUAAUAAAUUAUUUAGUUUCUGCUUUAUGGAUGACUAUUUGAAAGGAGAAAAACCAACUCUUCUAAAAUGGGAAUCUGAUGAAGCCUCUUUUUUUCCUUGGCUCUGAUUCACGCUCGUGCUCCACAGAUGAAGAUGUACAGAACUUGCUGGGUUUCAAUCUAUUAUUUUACUGUACUCUGCUCUGACAGUGCAAUUACAUCUCCCUGGCAUCACUUAAAACCUUUUACUUCCCCAGGAAUUUAAUGCAGAGAAAGAAGAAGUUCACAGCAUUUUCACCUCUUUAUGUUGUCAGUUGUUAUCAGGGCUGGAUGCUGUUCUCCAGUUCCAGAAGGACAUUUUAGGCAGCUCUAGGAAGUGGGGAAGCUUCACCAAGAGCAAGAUGGACAGAAAAUCUAAUUGGGAGCAUUUUAAUUGGAAGUUUGCUCCACUCACACCUCUCCAGUGGCAAAAGUCCGAAAAACUGCCUCAGUUUGGCACCUUCACUGAAAUCAUUUCAGCCCCAGAAGCAAGGAGGAGAGGGAGAAGGGAGGGAAAGGAAAUCCUCUGGAUCUAAACAUCAGUACUGGACUAUUUCAUGAUGAAAAUAUCGUAGGGGUUUUUUUAUUUUCUGUCAGGACAGACCAAAAUCCUUUGUAGCCUUGAAGAGUGUUGCUGAAUGAAAUUGCCAUUUUCCAUAUACAUAUAUAUAUAUAUAGGCAUAUAUAGCAUUAUUUCCCAAAAGGUUUCUUUGCCAACACCACAAAUAAUCAGCUGUUUUAACAACACUUUAGGUGAGCUCCAGACUCCACCUUUCCUUUAUCAGCUGGUCUUGUGUCUUCACCAGCCAACUCGUUUGAGCUCCAGGAGCCACCCCUUGGCAGCCCUCAGGCACAUCUUGUCUCUCCUGGGGGCAACUCCCAACCCCAAAUUCCAUGGGUUUGCAGCAUCAGGCCCCUGGGGGGGCCAAUUUUUGAACACCUGCCUCUGUGUUCCCCCUGCACCAGCCCAGGAAUGGUGUUCCACCUCCAACCAGCUUUUUCAGAGGAGCCAAAGUUAUUUCAGCUCUUGCUGGCUCAGAUUUAGUGGGGUGGGGAUGAAGAGAGAUGAAGUUCCUCGUGGACUCCAGGGUAAAUCAGAAAUAACUCGUUAGAGUUAAUUGGCUUAAACUGGAAUAAGCCCAAAAUCCAGCCUGUUGCCAUUUAAUCCAUACAAGGAUCUAAGUAAUCAAUGCCUCCUGAUUCAUCUCUAGGAAGUUCUCCACUAAUCCAUGUGUCUCCUUUUUGUCAGCAUUUCAUGUUUCCGAGCCAUUUACUGUUCAUUUGUCAGCUGAAAGACAUGGCAUUUUAAUUAAAGGCAACAAUUCACAAAGUCAGCAGCAUAAUAGUAAAAAAAUUAAAAACAAAAACAAAAACAACGAGAAAUCUUUGUACAAAAAAGCUGUAAAUAUUAAUAUAAAUUAACUUGGCAUGCAACUGAAAUAAAUCUUAUGGUAUUGCAAGUUAUCCAAGUGUAUAAAGAAGUGUAUAAAGGAAAACCGAGUGCCAUAUGUAUCAGCUGUUCCCUCCAACCAAACUCUACUGUAAAUAUAUAAUCUGUAUAAAAAUAUUUUAAUUUUACCAUUAUUUAUGCAAUAGAAAUAAAGGUUGGGUUUUUUUCCUUUUGA